AUGAGUGUUUCAAAUAAGGAUAUUUCUUUAUCUAUUAUUAAUUUCUUGAGAACUGCAGUUGCUGAAAAGCAAAUUGCCGAAGAUUUCGCUGAUUCAAUUGAUGUUGCCAUUGAUUGUAUAGCAGAUGCUUUUGAAGUCAAUAAGGAUGAUGAUUCCAAGGUUUUAGAGUCCAAGUUUAAAGGUAAAUCAUUGAGUGAUUUGGUCAAAGGUUCAUUAGAGUCGAGCUCAAGCGGUUUUAGUGCUGCUCCUGCUGCUGCUCCUAAAGAAAUCGAUGCUGAAACGAAGGCCAAGGCCGAUCAAUUGAAAGUUGAAGGUAAUAGAGCCAUGGCAGCAAAACAAUUUCCUGAAGCUAUUGCCAAAUAUACUGAGGCUAUUGAAUUAGAUAGCACUAAUGUUGUUUAUUUAUCUAACAGAGCUGCUGCCCACUCUUCUUCUGCUCAACAUGAAAAAGCUGUUGAAGAUGCUGAAAAAGCCAUUACUUUAGAUCCUUCCUUUUCCAAAGCAUAUUCUAGAUUAGGUUUAGCUAGAUAUGCUUUAGGUGAUGCCAAAGGUGCUAUGGAUGCUUACAAGAAAGGUUUAGACGUUGAAGGAGAUGGUAAAUCCGAUGCUAUGAAGAGAGGUUACGAAACUGCUAAACGUAGAGUUGAAGAAGAAUUGGAAAGCUCUAUUCCUCAAAAUGAUGUUGCAUCAACUUCUAACUCUGAAAAUUCAAAUGAACAAUCUGCUCGUGGUGCCGGCGCUGGUGCUGGUGCUGGUGCCGCGGGUAUGCCAGAUUUCUCUAGUAUGUUCGGUGGUGGUGCUGGUGGAAUGCCAAACUUUUCCGAGUUGAUGAAUAAUCCUCAAAUCAUGCAAGCUGCUCAACAAAUGAUGCAAAACCCUGGUGCCUUACAAGGUUUAAUGAACAACCCAUCUAUUCGUCAAAUGGCUCAAAGUAUGGGUUUGGGUGGCCAAGGUGGUGGUCCAGAUCUCUCUGAAUUGUUGAAUAACCCAAUGUUACAAAAUUUGGCUAGUCAAUUUGGUGGUGCUGGCGCUAGAGGCGGUAACAAUGGUUCAAAUGGUAAUUAA